UUUUCUUUUUUUUAAUCUAAUCUAAUCAAAGCCUGCCCCCUCGUGAUUCGUGCAAGUGAAUUUUAAUUGAACGAAUUACGAUUUUUUUUUUUUUUGUGUGGCAAUUAGUUCACGUCUUUUUCCCUCUUUUGCAGGCAACACGCAAGGCGUCAGAGUUUGUUUGAAGGAAGCAUGGAAAAGACACUUGAAUAUCUUCGACGUGACGAGAGGAAUGUAUUGGAUAAAUCUGGUCCGAAAAUAAUUCGGCACAAACCUAUCACUGCUUUAUUGUCACCUACCGAGUUGGACCCCUAUAUCCCUUUACAUACGGCUUCCGAAGACUUGGUCUAUACAGGAAUUCGAAACUGCUGUGAGAUUCUCGAGAAAGGGCACUCCAAAUCAAUCGGUUUAUUCCCUGUCUCAAUCCUCCGUCCAUUUUCUGAAGACCUUGACUGCUCUGAAUUUAAUACUCUUCUUAAGAGAAUGAAACAUGAAAAAUUGAAGUGGGAUAAUUCUUUUAUUGUUCGCGGUAUUUCUACCCAUUUGCAAUCCCCUAUAUGGAUUUUUUGGUUGAAUGACGUUCUUUCCACAUUUGCCCCUAUUUUGAAGAAGUGUGGAAUUUAUGCUGCAAUCUAUGUAUCCCAAUUUGCUUAUGCUAGGAAUGUUGCCCUGCUCAAAGGAUUCUUAGAGCGGUGGUCACCCGACACCAACACUUUCCACACCAUUUACGGCGAACUUGGGAUCUCGUUAUGGGACCUCCAUCGCAUUAGCGGGCUCCCCAUUUGUGGCGAGUUUUAUGAAGAGUUCACCCUCUCCAAUGACAUUUUAUAUUCGUCUCAGACAUCCAAGGCGUGCCGUGGGCUUUUCAACAUUUAUGCCAGCUCUUGUCAAUCCAAGAAGUUUAACCACUGGACUUUCAAAUUCAUUGACGAAUCCCCAACUUCAAUUAGUGGUUUUCAACGAAAAGAUAGAAUUCCUGAUAAUGUGUAUCUUUCUGGUUUUUUGACAAGCUGGCUUAGCAGAUUUGUCUUCCCUCAUUCUUCGGGGAAAAUUCGUCCGACGACCUUUCAUGUAGCCACCAAAAUGACAGGUGGAACUUGGUAA